AUGGCUAUUAAAAAAAGAGGGAGACCAGUGCCAGUUCUUAUCCCAGAGGACACUAGACUACCAUUGAGAUUUCUUUCCGACAGAGCCAUCCGAAAAAAGGCAGGAGUAGCGGAUGACAAUCCCUACUUAUUUCCAAAUACAUCAAACGCUUAUACCAGGGCAUAUGAUUGUUUGAAAUCUGUGUGCAGCCAACUUCAUCUUCAGGCACCUCACCACAUUACCUCGGUAUUGAUGAGGAAAUAUACGGCAACACUUACCCAGAUGCUGAACUUGAAUAGAAAUCAGCUGGAUUGGGUGUGUCAACACUUGGGACACACAAAAGCUGUUCACAAAGAACACUACAGACAGAUGUCUGGUUUAGUGGAACGAACUGAAAUAAGCAAACUAUUUUUGAUACAGGACCUAAACCUUACAUCUAGGUUCAAGGGGAAGCGACUGGAUGAAGUGGAUAUCAAAGAUAUUGUCUUUCCUGAGGACCUAGAAGCUGACUAUGUUGGUGCCUGUCGUUCAGAUCAACUUUCAGUCCCUGAGAACCAGGUCAGUCCAGAAGAAGUAAUGUUAUUGGAAUCAGGCUAUUGUGAUGAAGAAGAUAAGGCUGAUGACGAUGAUGAUGAGGAGGAGGAGGAGUGUGAUGAAGAAAAGGAAAAAAACAAAAACAAAAACCACCGAAGACAAAAAUGGUCUGACAAAGAAGUUUCGGAAUUGAGAAAAUAUUUCCCAACAUAUCUUGAAACCAAAACAACACCCAAAAGAGCUGACAUCGACAAAAUAAGGAAAGUUAUUAGGAGAAAAGGAGGCAUUUUGCAUCAGCGGGCAAACCAUUUGAUAAUCAAAAAAAUAUCAAACAUGAACCAUUCAAAGCACUGA